ACCACAACCCCGGCGGCCUCCAAUAUAACCCUCCACAGCAAGAGCAAGCCAUAUUCUUUGAUAAAGCGUUAAGCGUCCCUACCCUCUGCGAUUUUAGGGUUCUGCGUGUUUUUUGUGGAAGAAGAACUAUGGCUGAUUCUCCCAGGAGAAGGUAUUCACGAUCUCCUUCCCCUUGGAGGGAACAAUCCAGAUCUAGAUCCAGGUCCAGGUCCAGGUCAAGAUCCUGGUCCAGGCCAAGGAACAGGUCUCGAUCCAGAUCAAAGUCCAGAAGUCGUGGCAGGUCUAGAAGCCGUGGCAGUAGGACGGAUGCUAUAAAUAGCGGAACUACUCUGUAUGUGACGGGCCUAUCUACGAGGGUAACAGAGAAGGGCCUUGAAGAUCACUUCUCCAAAGAGGGGAAGGUGGCUUCAUGUUUCCUAGUUGUGGAGCCUCGCACACGCAUUUCUCGUGGUUUUGCUUUUGUUACAAUGGACAAUGUGGAAGAUGCCAACCGCUGUGUCAAAUAUCUCAACCAGUCAGUUCUGGAAGGUCGAUACAUAACUGUAGAAAAGUCCCGGAGGAAACGCCCAAGAACUCCUACACCUGGACACUAUCUUGGGCUGAAAAAUACCAGGGAUUAUGGCUCACGUGGUGAUCGCGGUAGGUAUCGUGGUGGCUAUGGCCGAGAAGACUAUGGGUACAGGAGGUCUCCAAAGCGUUCCCCAUUUCGAGGGGGGCGGGAUUAUUCCCCUAGGCGCUCGCCAUAUGGUGGAAGGUCAAGAAGGGAGCGUUCCAGGUCACUUCCCUAUUCUCCUUAUGAUAGCCCAGAUCGGAGGUAUGCUCGUGGCUCUAGGUAAGCCACAGAUCCCUACGUUGGGAUAUCUUUUGUUGUGGAGGAGAAUGAUGUUUGAAUUUAGUUCUGUAAUGAUCUUUGGUUUGCGUUUGGGAUAUCCUUUAUUUUAGGGGGAAGAAUGAUGUCUAAAAGAAGUUCUGUAAUGAUAUUUGGUUUGGACUGGACUAGGGCACCAAACCUCCACAUGUUUAUUUGAUUUGGAAGGCAUCUUUUGAUUGCA